GACAUUCCAAGCUGAAAUAUAUUGGAUUAACCUCAAUCAUGAAGUGAAGGAUCUGAUGUCUGGAUUUGUAUUACUUGACCAUAUCCUUCUGUUUCCUCUUCUCAUCCAAGAUAUUAACCCAUCACGAAACGUCACAAAUACAGUGCUGAGGGGUCAUGCAUUUUAUUCACGCAGUACAUAUAGGACCUCUAUCGCUGUUUCAUCAUUCAAAUCGUCUGUUCGCAACCUUCAUUUUUUGCAACUCCAUCACAAAUGUUCUUCAGUCAGCUGGAUCUGUGAACUGAUUUAAUGAACUAAAAUUUGACGAUUGUUUGUUCUAGCAGUCUAGGAGAGCAAGAUGCCUCUCAUUCGGGGUUUACCGCAAUAUAGACGGGCAGUAGGUUUUCUGGCAUUUCCUGCUCUGUUGUUCUAUAUGCUUGCUGCAAUUGCAGCCCUUCCAGGGGUACCGGGAAUAUUCAUAGAAAAUAUACAAACGGACCUAGGGACCGGCAGUCUCGAAAUCAGAGUUGGAUACUUUGGUACAUGUCUUCGACGGACUGGCUCUGACGCUGAUAUAAAAUUACAAUGCACCACUACCCAUAAGGGAUUCAGUGAUAUGCUCAUCGAAAGUUCCAAUAGCACAUCAAAUGCCACCGAGAAACUUCUCGUUUUCGCAUCAGGGAUGCAACGGGAUGUCUUUGUUGGAUCCCCCUCUUUUUUCCCUGGAGCUGGGCUCCUAUUCCUAAUUAGCGUUUUGCUUCUCAUACCCCUCGAGAUAACCACUCGACCACCCGCAAGACUCAAGCCCAAAACCGUUCUCUUCCUAAAUCAUGCCAUCAUAAUGCUUUUUUGGUUCACUGCAGCAUGGUCUUUCGCAGGUGCAUUAUCGAUCGUGGAAGUUGUCAGAUCGCAGCAAGAACUAUUAACUUUGGAUGGGAGUAACAAUAUCACUGUUAAGGUUGGCGUGGCAGUGCAAUUUCUGCAAUGGACGGCUUUCAUCUUCACUUUCGUCUUUGCGAGCGGAGUCACGACUUUGAAAAUGACGCAUGAGCCGAGACUCCUUAAUCCUGAUGAGAUGGCGGCGAAAGCUGGUCCGUUGGGUGGACAAGUGCAGUGGCGUGAAUCCGUUUGAUAGAGAGCCGCGUAGUUAGGCUAUGGCUUUACUCUGAUGCCAGCUAUAUGGUUCGCUGAUCAAAUGCAUGCAAGCAAUUUGUUUGGAAAAGUUUAGUUGUGGCUACUUCAUCUGAACUUUCAAUAUUUUAUAGAAGGAUAAUGAAGCUACUGGAAGCUUUAUGCCAACACGAACCUUGAUUCUUCUCGCAACUUGCUUGCAAAGGCUUGAGGUCUCGCAUCUGACAAACAGCCCAGUUCAUACUGUGUAAAUCUCUGCUGGUAACCAAGACAGUAUCAUUUAACCUACUCAAAUACGUUAAUUCAGUCAUAAUUCUUGCGGUAGAAGAAUCUCAGAAAUGGCCUCGGAUUUACGGUUGGGAUCGAGAUACUUCAAGUUGGACAUGAUUGAAAGAGUUGAUGGGAGAAAGAAGCACCAUCUUAUGUCACAAUCUGGGAGGGCAAGAAUCCAUGUUAAGGAAUGGGAUUUGAAAGUUCGACUUGCAUGUUGGGAAUAGUAGGGUCCUGAAAGAUUGCCAUAGUGGUGCAGAGAUUAUAUUUAUUUCUGAUGGUACGUGUGUAUUAUGCUAUCGGUGGCAUCUCUUGCCCACUUGUAGUUCUCGGUCUGUCAGGAAUAUAUGAAGAAUUUUGAAAUAUUUCUAUGGAACCAAGGAAAUUAAAUUCAAUUCA